AUGGUUCGAGAAACUCGCGCCUCGGCGCGUCACAACGACUCGAGCGACACCGGAAGCACAGUCACAGACAUCGGCAGGGCUCAAGAGACUCGCCGCUCUCACAAGAAGUCUCGCAAUGGAUGCGCAGAGUGCAAGCGUCGUCACAUUCGCUGCGACGAGCGCCAGCCCUCGUGCGCGAACUGCGAGGUUGCAGAACUAAGCAAGCAGAAGCGCAGACAGGCGCAACAAUCUCAAUCGCAAGGCGAGAGGGCACAGGGCACACGAGAAGGGAAUGGCCCAUCACCAUCACCAGGCUCGAGAGAAAGCAGCCGCGGCAUUGCAAACAACGACGCGAUUGCCAUGAUUGAGCGCGCACAGCUGCCCUCACAACCAGCUCUUCAUCAACAAAGCAACUACUCCGAAGUCACUCAUGCGCCAAACCAUCUGUCUCAUGGUCUGCCAUCGCGGCCUGCAGACGUGCCAGCCGCGGUCAAUCUCGACAUCAAUUCUCACCAGAGUGACCAGAAUCUGUCUCCAGCUUCGCCGGUGCAGCUGAGCAACACCCAGGCUCCUCCAUCUCUAGACUUCGCCUCAUCAAUAUUCGGCACACCAAACGCACCAUCUGAGGCCAUCUACACACCGCAACACAUGAUCCUGCUACACCAUGCAGCCUCAGUUCCUCACUUCACCGGCCCAGCCCGGAGCGCCGUCGACAUUGCCGUUCGCCGCGCCGUCGACUCACCCUACCUCCUCGACGAAGUUCUCGCCUUUACAGCCUUCCACAUGGUCCAGCUCUAUCCCGACUCGGCCGCCCAGCUCCGAGACCUCGCCACGGAGCUCCAAAACCGCGCUCUCGCAUCCUUUACCCGCCUCACGGAAACCGUGGCCAGAGAUGACAAAGCCACCGGCGUCCCUCGCUUCCUCUUCUCCGCCCUUCUGGGGAGGCAUGUCCUCGCCGACACCCUCGCUCACUAUCGAUCCGACUUCAAGUCCUUCAUCGACCGCCUCGUCGAGUGCUUCAACCUUAACCGCGGUGUCAACUCCGUCACCCCGCCGGCCCGGAAUUUCCUCCAAAACACCGAGCUCCAGCCCGUCCUCAACAUCGUCCUCGAGGCCGCGAAAAAGAUGAGCACGACGGGCGACGAAUGCGGGUCUCUGAAACGCCUCUUAAAUGACUCCGACCUCAGUGAGUCGAGCGCGAGAGCGUGUCACGAAGUGAUUGGUCUUCUGCAGUGGUGCUUUGAUAUUUGCCGCGUCCUUGACGAGGGAGACUAUGCCCAGGCCGCCUCGACGUUCUCCGUAAAGGUACCAGUCGGCUUCGUCGAUAUGCUGCGAAAGCAUCGUCCCGAGGCCCUCAUCAUUCUCGCCCAUUACGGCGUUUUGCUGCACCGCUGUCGCACUUUUUGGCCCUUUGCCGAUGCUGGCGUCUUCAUCAUCCGCGCCGUUGCUAGGCAUUUGGGUAAUUACUGGCAAGAGGCGCUCUCAUGGCCUCUUCUGGUGCUUGAAAUAGAGCCAUAA